UCGUAUGUUUUAACAUUUGCGGACUGCUUAUUUAACUCCAUUAGUUUCAUAAAUUCAGAAAAAUGAUAGAAAUAAAUAAUCAAAUACCAGAUAGUACUUAUCCAGGAUCGCCGUUGGACAAGGAUAAUCUUAAUAUUCCUGGAUCUUCGCAACAAAAAUUGGUUCCAUUUAGUCCAUAUUUAAACUUUGAUCCAGCAUAUAUACCAACUAGCCAACCAGAAUUUAUAUUUCCUGAAGGAGCUGCAAAACAAAGAGGACGAUUUGAGUUAGCAUUUAGUCAAAUUGGGGCUGCAUGUAUAUUGGGUGCAGGAAUCGGUGGAUCAGCCGGUUUCUAUAAAGGACUUAAAGCAACAACAUUGGCAGGUCAAACUGGAGCACUUAGGAGAACACAAUUAAUCAAUCAUGUUAUGAAAAAUGGUGCUUCUGUUGCAAACACAUUAGGAAUUGUCUCAGUGAUGUAUAGUAGUUUUGGAGUAUUUCUUUCAUGGAUAAGAGGUACUGAUGAUUCACUAAAUACACUCGCAGCCGCAACGGCUACUGGGAUGCUCUUUAAAUCGACAGCUGGACUACCAAAAUGUAUGAUGGGUGGUGGAGUUGGUCUUGCCAUAGCAUCUAUGUAUUGUUUAUGGAACAGUCGAGAGGUUCUUGCUGAGUUCAGGCAUCACAACAUUAAUCCAGCAUCUAAAUGAGUAUCGUUCUCCGAUGAAUAUUGCGUUGGCAACGAAAUCUCCAACAUCAUGUAAAUAGUGAAUUUCAUAAACGAAUAUUAUGUUAAUAAAUAUAGUAUAUGCUGUCACAACAAAAUAAUAGUAAUAAUGUAUUUUACUAUU